CGCCCACAGUGAUGGUCGCUUAGCGCGGGCUUCCUGUGAUUGAUCCAACGGAAUACUGUGUUUCUCCGAGGCUACUGGUCAGGUUUGUUACCGACAAUAUGUUACAAUUAUAACUGGCUAGUAAAACACGGUAUUGUUUUUAACUUUUCGUUACUUGUGUUGUGAAAUAAUCACUUAAACGUGUUGCUACUUUAGAAACAGUAACGUUACGGUGUGGACUUCAUGUCUUGCGGCUUCGUCUCGUAAAUUUCUGCGAGUCGGUUUUAACUCGGGAGAGAGAAGUUUCUUCAUUUGUUGUGAAAAUUGUCGCGCUGUUUACUUGAGGUAUUUUGGUAAAGUACUGGCCUUAAACUAUUCAUUGAUGGUCUGCAGUAGAACCUGAGGUAGCGGGCCUAACCGUAGCCCCGACAUCAUGACCGAGAGUUUCAGCAACAUCGAGGAUGAGGCGUUCCCCAGUUUCCUGUCUAGCUCUGUGGGCAGCAGCCGUGCCACCCUGGGGAACGUCACCCUGGGCUCCACCCUGGGGCUGCCCGUAGCUGCCUCCACCAUGGCUAAAAUUAGAGCUGGGGCUGACAACAGAGUAAAUGCUGUCCAGGCGUCAUAUCUGGAGGACGGACGGCUCUCUCUGGCUAACUCUCAGUCCUACAACAAGGAACAGGGGAAAUUUGCCCUCAGCUUCAAAGAUGAGCUAGAUAAUGCAGAUGACUUCAUAGCAGCCCACCGGUUCUCAGACAUGCUGGUGAAGGUGAAUCUGGACGAGACCGAGCCCAGGACUAGAGCCUCCUCCCUCGGCCCCAACACACAGACUGGGCCUCUCCCUGGAAGACACUCUGAACAUGGAGACGAUCACUCUACGGGGCGGCUGACCUUCACCAACCUGGUUAAUAGGGACUUUAUGGAUCUAAAGGUCCGAUCCCUCCCAGGCACCGUAGACGACCAGAGUCUGGCAAGUGACGGAGCCGACAGCGACCGCUUCAGUGGGAGUGUCUCCAGCUUCCUGGCCAAUGAGAAGCUCCUGUCUAUGGACAGCAUGAACAGUGAUGUCACAGAUGACGAUAUCGACGUGAACGACCUGCAGGAUGAAGAUCUGGACCUGUUCUUAAACAAGCUGGUUAGCCCUGCCAUGCAGAGAGGACGGGUGGAGGGACAGGAGAUACCUGUGGCUGACCAGCCAGCCAACCAAUACUAUUCAUCUCAGCCCAGUUCCACAGAACCACAGAAGAACAGAUACCAGUUCCUGGAUGACUAUGAUCAGGGUUUCCAGAUGCCUGACGUGCGGCUGGCUGCUACAGGGAUGGACUCGUGUCCUGGUAGUGAUGAGGAGGACACUGAGGAUGACCUGGAGGCAGCUAGGGGACACAGUUCUACCAGACACAGACUACUGCUGUCCAGCACCUCCCGACGGCUGGUGGGAGAGAGCAACCGUCCCAGCUUCAGACCUGGGCUGGAGGGAGGCAGCUCUGACGAAGAAGCUUACUCUGGUCGUAACUCUCCUCUAACUGGGUACGAACACAGAUACUCUGCGGAGGGCCAAGUCAUCAACACUGUAACAGGAGGAGGAGGCGACGGGAGCAGUGGGAGUGAGGAGGGAGGGAACGAUGGAGUGUUCACUCUACCCCUCUCCUCCACCUCCUCGGCCCAGACCACCUACGAUGUGCUGCGGGGGCUGGGUAUCCUGGGGGGCAGCGUGCCGGGAGAGAAUGCCCAGGACCUGAUGGGGGACCGUGUGGGGCCGGUGGGGACUGGAGAGACCAGCUCUGGGCCACAGAGGACGUCCCCUGUCAACUGGAGUAUGGCCUUAGACAGACAGGAGGCGCUGGAUGCCAUGGACAGUACAGAGUCUGGGGUGGCAGGGGAGGGUCACGGUGUCUUGGAUUCUAUAUACCUGAGGACUGGAGCUGGACACUGGAGACCCCAGGACAUGACCUCUCACCUCCAGACCACACAGAGCAGCUUCCACCUCUCUCAGGUGCUACCUUCGCUUAGUGAUGAUGAGGAGGAGGGGAGGGGGGGGCCUGCUGCCCUGGGGCCAAGAGGAGGUCCAUGUGGGGACUCCUCUGCACCUCCUGGUCCUCCUGGCCUGUCAGAUAUGAGUCAGGGUGAGAAGGAUCCUCUCUCCACCUCUCUGGAGGCUAAGUACCUCUCUCAGAGCUUCCACCAGGAGGACUCCUCUGACAGCGACUGGAACCACUGUCCUGAUAACCUGGACUUCCAACCGGCCUCUCACAGUGUGGUCUACCAGAACGAGGAGGGGAAGUGGGUGACUGAUCUGGCUUACUACUCGUCCUUUGAGAAGGAGGUGGAUGGACACCAGCUGCCGGAGGUAGCAGACCAGUUCCAGGCUGAGGACUUCGUUCCAGGCAGUAACGCCAUAGAUAAGAUCAUAGAGGACCAGAAGGAGUUUGAGAAGGAGAACCAGUUCAUGCAGGAGGAGGUGAUGGAGCCUGCCUCCACCAGCCCAGGUCUCCUAUCUGACACGUCCUGGAGACUCCCAGCCAGCAGCCACAUCCUGAUGAGGGCCAGCCAGGUGUCCCAGGAGCUGGACAGAGGGAACCAGAGCUACCUCCGUCUGUCUCUGGGGACCUUCUUCCAGCAGCGCUCUGAGGCCCUGGGCUGUCUAGGGGACGACCGGGAGGACGAUACAGUCAAACGGCCGUCGUUUGGUUACGUCAUCACCUCUCCAGAGAAGAGGGAACCGUUUCCUCUGAUUCAACCAUCAGACUUCCUGUCUCAGGACGGCUCGGUCCACAACGAUACCCUCACACACACUGACCACGACCACACCAUGAACACAGAGGACUUGGACAAGACUGUGGAGGCAGCUGCAGACAGGGUGUCACCUACAGGAGAUGACGAGCCGGAGCCUUGUGAAUCAGCCUCCCGCCUCCCUGAGGCCCUGCUCUCCCCCAGCCAGAGCCUUCCCUCAGCCUCCCCCCUCCCCGAGGCCCUGCUCUCCCCCAGCCAGAGCCUUCCCUCAGCCUCCCCCCUCCCCGAGGCCCUGCUCUCCCCCAGCCAGACCCUUCCCUCAGCCUCCCCCCUCCCCGAGGCCCUGCUCUCCCCCAGCCAGACCCUUCCCUCAGCCUCCCCCCUCCCCGAGGCCCUGCUCUCCCCCAGCCAGAGCCUUCCCUCAGCCUCCCCCCUCCCCGAGGCCCUGCUCUCCCCCAGCCAGAGCCUUCCCUCAGCCUCCCCCGGCAGCCUGGGCCCCAGCCCCGGCAGCGGCACAGACCAGUCUAACCUCACGCUGUCUAUCAGCACUAUCGCCUCGGCCAUCGCAGACGCCUCCAUCUCCUCAGAACCCUCCCAGCUGGCUGCCAUGAUCAUGGAGCUGUCAAAGAGGAGUAGGAUACAGAGGCAACAGCAGAAAGGUCUGCCGGGUCCAGACCCAGCCUCUGUCCUGGAAGAACAAACACACAGCCCUAACCAGGUUCAACUGGACCAGCCCAGCCCUAACCAGGUUCAACUGGACCAGAGAAUCAUGCUGGAGAGACUGCAGAGGAGCCACUGUGCCGGAGACCUGCUGGAGACUCUACAGAGGAGCCACUGUGCCGGGGACCUGAGUGCCUUCGACAUUGAAAAGUACCUGAAGCAGACAGAGGUAUCCAGCAGCAGCGACAGCGACCAGUCAGGCUCCUCCCACUACACCUUUGACUUCCUCAGCUGGGCCGACAGCCUCAACUCCUCCCGCAGGAAGUCCCAGGCCGCAUCGCUUGUUGUUACUGUGGAGAACGAGAGCUCGGUUCAUCAACACCAGGCUACCGAAUACCAGGCUAGCACCAAUGGAGCUAUCUCCUCUGGCAUAGAGGCUAAGGCAGGUUUGACACAAGGUUACCCUGCUGCUACGACCCGUCCAGUCUCUGCUGGGCUACAUCCAGGUUCUGGCCAGAGUGGACCAGGACCAGCUAACAAGACGGAGGUGAGGAGGAGUUCCAUCCCCCGUCCCAGGGCCAGCUCCAUCCCAACAGCGUCUGGUAACCCAGGGAGGAGGUCUGUGGUCUCUGGUCAGUUCUCCUCAACCACCUCCUCCACAGCCAAACCAGCUGCUGACAGGAAGUCCGCAGGGAAUAACAGUGAGCCCCAGCCAGCUGGUGUACUGAGCAACACAGAGAGUGGUGGGGCUGAACUAGGAGCAGUCCGUCUAACACCUAACAACACCCCAGCACAGAAGGUAGAGGACUGCUCCUCAGCUGCUGCCCCAGCACAGAAGGUAGAGGACUGCUCCUCAGCUGCUGCCCCAGGCCAUAAGACCUCCCCUGUUCUGAGGAAGGGUCUGUCGGGGCCUCCGUCCCUCAGAGACAUCACAUCCCCCUCCCAGAGAGCCAGGAGGACCACAGUGAAGACUCACGCUACAGGGAGCAGUACAGCCCAGCAGGAGAACCCCAGUGGCCUGGAGAAGAGUGUUGGAGAAGCUCCUCCCAGCGCUGUGGCCAAACGUGUUGGUUUUACUUCCGCCUGUCACAGCCCCCAGCCCGCUGCUGCCCACAGGACGGACGAUGUGUUUCCAGGUACUCCUAUGCAUCAUGCCGGAGGCCCAGAGCAGAGCCAGUGUACCUUCAGACCCUCCACCUCUCCUCUCACCCACUCCUCCCCCUCACAGACCUCCUUCCCCAGCCAAGAAGGGACUGUCUCUCCCCCCUCCUCCAGGGUAGGGGACAGGAGACCUCCCAGUGAUCUCACUCCUCCCCAGUCUGAGUGGAGCUGUUCCAGUCCCAGCCUCAGCAGACUGACGUACAUCUCUCUGAAUGACAGCACGGCUCUCAACAGCACCGGCUUCCCGACACCGGACAGACACAAGAGUAAUGGCACCAUGUCUCUGAGCACCACUAUAGUCAGGGCCAGUCCCACCCCUCCAGUAGACGGGGCUGAUACCCAGAGUCCUUCAGGUCAGGAUCUACCUCUUCACCGCUCUACAGACAUCCUCUGUCCUCCUAGACAGUCCAAGAGCCCAGAGUCUCCUCACCACUCUGACGGUCCUCCGAGUGGCUCGGUAGACCUGCGGAGUGGUUCAGGUCUGGGCUUUACCCGCAGCCAGAGUGAGUGUAACUAUCGCCGUGGGAACGAUAGAGACUACGACCUGCAGAAACGCCACUCCGUACCCAACUCACACCGCCUCACCAAGGUGGAUUCUGGGUACUCCAGCCACCUGAACAUCCAGCAGCCCAGCGGUAUGGGGGGCCAGGGGAACCAGCAGUGGUCCGGGGUCUCAGCCCAGGGGAGUGAGGUCUAUCCUGGGGCCAGGACGGGCUUCGGCUUGCCUUCCUCCGAGGACCUGUGCUACGUGCCCAUCUCCAGCUUCAAGCCCCAGGGCUCCAUGGUGGACCUGCCUCCAGGGGUCCCCAGCCUCCUGACGGGGCGCUCCCUCUUCAGCUCCCAGCUGGCACAGCAGAACCUGGCCUCGGAUGGAGCUCUACAUCCUGGUCUCCCUCUGCCUGCUCCCUACCGCCACAUGGCGGCAGCAGGGAACGACCUGUACGGUCACGCUAUGUCCUCACGGUUAGGACCCAACGUUGACCCCUCAGUCAGACACCUCCACAGCUCUGGGGGUCUGGGUGUCUCUGGGCCUGGUGGACCGGGGGGUCCUGGGGGUCUGUACCACUGCUCUAACCCCCACCUCAAACCCUUGGACCCAGGACUGAUGGAGGGGAACCCCUACAGCCAGAGCUGUGUAGCCUCGUGGGAUAAUGGCAGCCUUCCUGAACUCACAGCCCAGGUCGUGAUCCCUGAGGAGCUGAGGUUCCCCCAUGCCUGCUGUGUGGGCAUCUCCUCUCAGACCUCACUGGGCAUCUUCAACCCCUCCGAGCGCUGGCAGCAGGUCUCCAUCACCGUCACCAGCCUGGCCAUCGACGGAGAGAAGGUUGAUUCAUUCCCGUACCAGUGGCUGAUAGUGAAGAACAAGACCAUCAUUGGCCCUAAGAGCACGGAGGAGCAGAAGGUGUUGUUCAUCCCGCCUCAGGCCGGGGUGUACCAGGCUGUCCUCAGUGUCUCCUCCUGGCCCGCCUCCGCUGAGGCCCAGGCUGUCGCCCGCGUGUUCGCCAAGAGGGUGGUCCUCGUCGCCAUGGCAGAGAACCCUGCUCUGGAGGUGGAUGUGGGGAAAUGUGGCAGUCUGGACUUCGGAGACCUGGCAGGUGGCAGUGCCAAAGCUCUCCCUCUGAAGCUGCUGAACAGGACUCAUGCUACCGUACCUAUUAGACUGGUUAUCAGUGCUAACGCCACGGCCUGGCGCUGCUUCACUUUCUCCAAGAGUCCCGUUGCCAUGACAGCUGAGGGCUUGCUGCAGGCGGGGGCUCUGACCUCACUGGCUGCUCCGUCCGUCAUGAGCCACGUGAUGCACGCCAGCUACGGAGAGAAUGCAGAGAGCUUCAUGGUUUGGGUCCACUUCCACGCUCCACAGAAGUACCAGUCCUGUUCAGGUAUGGCCCCUGUCCUGUUCAGGUAUCGUACCAGUCCUGUUCAGGUAUGGCCCCUGUCCUGUUCAGGUAUCGUACCAGUCCUGUUUCAGAAUGCAGAGAGCUUCAUGGUUUGGGUCCACUUCCACGCGCCACAGAAGUACCAGUCCUGUUCAGGUAUCGUACCAGUCCUGUUUCAGAAUGCAGAGAGCUUCAUGGUUUGGGUCCACUUCCACGCUCCACAGAAGUACCAGUCCUGUUCAGGUGAUCUCGGUCCAGCGGAUGAGUACAGUGCGCGGGUGGACAUCGAGGUGGACUGUCCAGGCCCCAGUCAUGUGAUCAGGAGCGUCCCUCUCAGAGCCAGGUCUGGAACAGCCAGAGUCCACGCCCCUAAAGACCUACAGACUGUUAACCUCUGGGCAGCGUUGGGUCAUUCCAGCAAGCAGACUCUGCCUCUGAAGAACGCAGGCAACAUUGAUGUUCAGCUGAAACUCAAGAACAGCGGUGGUGAUGACUGUUUCUCUGUGAGUCCUGUUGACCUGUGUCUGCGUGCCGGGGAGGAGCAAGGCAUUGUGGUCUCUUUCACCUCUCAGGGCGGCAGGAAGAACCGAGAGAGUGUUCUGACCAUCCUGGUGCUGCCGUCUGGUCCUCAGUAUGAGGUGGUGCUGAAGGGACAGGUGGUACCAGAGGAGAGGGGUAACCCUGCUGCACCUGGUCCUGUCUCUGCCCUGGGCUUGCUGCCCCCCAGUGAGGUGCCCCCCAUCCUCUCCAACAAGCAGUUUGUGGCCUGGGGAGGGGUCACGCUGGGCAGGGCUGUACAACAGAAGCUGGUUCUUCGUAAUAACUCUCCCAACACAACACACCACCUGCGUCUGCUGAUCCGAGGACAAGAUCACAGCUGUUUCCAGCUCCAGAGUAGCUUUGGACAGGAGGAGAGGUUGACCCGCCACAGAGAGCUGUCCAUCCGGCCCAGGGAGGAUGUUGUUGUCCACCUGCUGUUUGCCCCAACCCGGGUGGCCUGCACCCUGUCCAAGCUGGAGAUCAAACAGUCUGGAGUACGGCCCUCACAGCCUGGCAUCAAGUUCACGAUCCCACUAUCAGGCUAUGGAGGGACCAGCAACAUUAUUCUGGAAGACCACAGGAAGCGGUCAGACGGCUACGUGGCUAUGCUAAUGGGUGUGGCAGCAGGCCAGGUCUCCAAGCUGUGUGUCUGUGUGAGAAACACAGGGUCCAGGGCUGCCUUCAUUAAGGCUGUUCCCUACUCUGACCUACACACACGCUCUGUCAUGGACUCCUCUGGCAUCAGCCUCUCUCCGUCGCAGUUCGUCCUGAAGGAGAGGACCCAGGAGGUGAUCACGGUUCUGAUGAAGGUGACCCAGAGAGAGCAGACUCUGUGUCAGUCAGCUAAUGCCGUCCUGGCCACAGUCUGUCUCUUCUGUGGAGACGAGGUCUCACGACAACAGUUCAGGAGGUUGCUGCUGUCGAAGCCUGAGGCAGGCAGGAAGAUUCUGUCAGAGAACAGUCUGCUGAAAGGACUUAACUUCAACGAGAGGUUCCCGGGGGAGGAGCAGGUCUUGGAGGCCUACGACCUGCCCCAGAGCCCCAACCAGGCCCAGUUGUUCUAUGGGAACCUGAGUAAGGUGGUGUUGUCAGUGCUGGGCAGCACAGAGACCUUGGACUCUGGAAGGACUGACCUCCAUGUCCAGCCCCCCCUAGCUGUCACCAGGAGAGGCUCGGAGGCUGACAGUGGUUUUGGGACCUCAGACCGUCACAUCAGCAACGUGUCUCUGGAUGUACUGCCUGUGAAGGGUCCUCAAGGCCCAGCGUUACCCAGGACAGAGGCCUCUGGGACGGGGACAGAACCAGGGGACCACAGGGACUCCUGGAGCCUCAGGCCUGAACAGCUGGUCCUCACCUCUCCCACCAUCAACGGAGCCUCCAACACCAGACAUGUCCUGAUCCAGAACCACUCAUCAUCCAGAGAACUGAGCUUUGAGUUGUCCUGGCCAGCCCACUGUCUCACUGUUACCCCUCAACACGGAGUCAUAGAACCACAGUGCCACCUCCAGAUCCUCAUCAGUCCUAAUCCGUCCCUAGCAACCAGGACAUCCAUGUUCCCAUGGAGUGGCCAAAUCUAUGUCCAGUGUGACAAUCAACAGAAGUUCAUCAAAGUCCAGAUCCGUCAGGACCUGGCUCUGGAUGUAUCAACCGCCCCAGCUGACCGGAGCCUAGCUCCCCUUCCUCCUCAGACUGCUAGCCCCAUGCCCACCACCACGCUGCCCCCUGCAGGCCAACCCCCCCUGACCAGGACAGCUCCAGCCACGGUAGAGAUCAGUAACCGCACCGUCGUGUUUCCUGCCACUCCCUCAGGAGAAACUUCAGAGUCCUCUGUGGAGGUGGAGAACGGAGGAGAACAGGUGAGGUGGUACCUGUCUUCCUUCGCCCCUCCCUAUGUGAAGGGGGUGGACAGCAGUGGGGAUGUGUACCGAGCCACCUACACAGCCUUCAGAUGUCCCAGAGUCUCUGGUACCCUGGCAGCAAACCACAAGAUGCAGGUGCCCAUCACCUUCCUGCCGAGGGACCGAGGGGACUAUGCUCAGUUCUGGGACCUGGAGUGUCACCCAGUGGCUGAGCCUCAGCACAAGACCAGGAUACGUUUCCAGCUCUGUGGCACUGGUGUGACGGUUGGUCCAGCGGUGGCUCCUCAGGAAGCAGACUGUUCUCUGGUGAAGACUGAAGCCUUUAAGACCAGGAGAAGACCUGACCCGGUGGCUGAUGGGGGCAUGACUGGUCAGGAGGAGGCUCUGUGUAGGGGGGUGUACGCCCCCCAGGACCACUACUCGUUCCCCCCUACCAGGGUGGGGGAGACCAGCACACUGAAGGUCAACAUGAGAAACAACUCAUUGGAAACGCAUGGGCUGAUGUUCCUAACCCCUAAAGAGCCCUUCCACAUCAAGCAUUCCAAAUAUUCCCUCAGACCCCAACGCUACAUCCACCUGCCAGUCCAGUUCAAGCCGGUUGUAACUGGCAACCACUCCAGCCUGCUGUUGGUUCAGACAGAUACCAGUGGAAACAUCGCUAUCCAGCUGACUGGUGAGGCCCUGACUGGCCUGAGGACUGCUGGUCUGGGUCAGUGAGGCCCUGACUGGUCUGGGUCAGUGAGGCCCUGACUGGUCUGGGUCAGUGAGGCCCUGACUGGUCUGGGUCAGUGAGGCCCUGACUGGUCUGGGUCAGUGAGGCCCUGACUGGUCUGGGUCAGUGAGGCCCUGACUGGUCUGGGUCAGUGAGGCCCUGACUGGUCUGGGUCAGUGGGGACUGCUGGUCUGGGUCAGUGGGGACUGCUGGUCUGGGUCAGUGAGGCCCUGACUGGUCUGGGUCAGUGGGGACUGCUGGUCUGGGUCAGUGAGGACUGCUGGUUUGGGUCACUACUUCAGACCAGAGCUGUAUAGGGAAUAGUGUGCCAGCGUGAGACCACUACAGCUCUAUAUCCUAUCCUCUGGGGGUCCGCAUGGAGCUAGCAGACUACAGCUCUAUAUCCUAUCCUCUGGGGGUCUACGUGGAGCUAGCAGACUACAGCUCUAUAUCCUAUCCUCUGGAGGUCUGCAUGGAGCUAGAAGACUACAGCUCUAUAUCCUAUCCUCUGGGGGUCUGCAUGGAGCUAGAAGACUACAGCUCUAUAUCCUAUCCUCUGGAGGUCUGCAUGGAGCUAGAAGACUACAGCUCUAUAUCCUAUCCUCUGGGGGUCUCCAUGGAGCUAGCAGACUACAGCUCUAUAUCCUAUCCUCUGGGGGUCUACGUGGAGCUAGCAGACUACAGCUCUAUAUCCUAUCCUCUGGGGGUCCGCAUGGAGCUAGCAGACUACAGCUCUAUAUCCUAUCCUCUGGGGGUCUACGUGGAGCUAGAAGACUACAGCUCUAUAUCCUAUCCUCUGGGGGUCUCCAUGGAGCUAGCAGACUACAGCUCUAUAUCCUAUCCUCUGGGGGUCUACGUGGAGCUAGCAGACUACAGCUCUAUAUCCUAUCCUCUGGAGGUCUGCAUGGAGCUAGAAGACUACAGCUCUAUAUCCUAUCCUCUGGGGGUCUGCAUGGAGCUAGAAGACUAGAAACAUUUGACUGAAUGGGAUGUCUAGUACAACCUGAAGAGAGUUGGCAUGGCUGAUGUCAUGUGACAGGGUUUCUAUGGGGUUUUGGUCAGGUGACCUACGGGUGAACUUUUCAGCGUAACCUCAGUGCUUGGCCAGGAGGAGGUUUUCCAUCAACUCCUAUUUCCCUACUUUGGUUUUCUAUUAGAAAUGUCACACGCUUUUAAAAAAGCACAUGGUUGAUAUUUUAUGUUAUUGUGAUUUUAAAUUAACUUGAUAAAAUAAAGAUUUGUCAAACA